AUGAUGCCUAUAGAAGUUGAGCUUACAGUGGAAACGCUCACAAAACUAGUUCCAGCAAAGCAACCUUCAGACUCAAUGGCAAAAGUGAAUAGUCUAUCCUUCAGCUCAUCAGGAGAAAAUAUGAUUAUGUCAACUGAUGAUGAUUCCAUGUUCUUAUAUGAUAUGAAUUCUGGAAUGCGAUCUCGCAGUGUCAACAGCAAGAAAUAUGGAUGCUCUCAUGUAAAGUUCGCUUCAGAUGCAAUGUGUGCGCUGCAUGGAUCUACAAAAGUAGACAAUACAAUUCGAUACUUGUCAUUAAUUGACAACAAAUACAUUCGGUACUUUCAAGGGCAUGAUAAACUUGUCACUGGAAUCAACGUGUCUCCAUUGGAUGAUAUGUUCUUGUCGGUGGCCGAAGACAAAACAAUUAGGUUAUGGGAUCUGAAAACACACAAUUGCAUAGGCUUGAUGAAUCUAUCAGCCACUCCGAUAGCUACAUUCGAUCCAGAAGGACUUCUUUUUGCUGCUGGAUUGGACAACAACAUCAUCAAGUUAUAUGAUUUGCGGUCGUUUGACAAGGGACCAUUCUCAAGUUUCGGUCCAUUAGAAAAUGAACACGGAGUUGAGUGGACAGCAAUGAGAUUCUCUCCAUGUGGAAAAUACAUUCUUAUCUGCACAAACUCGGCACAGCUUUUUCUAGUUGACGCAUUCUCUGGAGUCAUCAAGAAUGUUUUCCAAGAGCAUCAGAAUUGUCUUCGUAUUCCAAUGAUGGCGUCUUUCACACCAGAGUCAUCUCAUGUGAUGGUUGGAAGUUCAGACGGUAUGAUCUACUUCUAUGACGUCGAAUCAGGAUCAGUUGCUCUCAAAAUUCCUGCCCCAAAUAAUCAGCCAUGCCAUAUUGCUGAAUUCAGUCCACAACACUUCGUAGCAGCGACUGCAGAUUCAAAACUGACGCUCUGGUGUGCAAACGAUGAUUUGAAGGCUCGCGCUCAACGAUAA